AUGCACGCCAGUCCGGCUCAAUCUGCAAACAUAUCCGGUCGACUUCGAUCAAUGCCAAACCAAGUCCAACAAAAUGAGGCCAAAGCAUUGCUCGGCCUCCUCAAAGACAACCUAGAUGCGAAGAAUCUGGAACCGAAGCGGCUGGAAGAAACGCUUACCAAGUUGAAAAUAUUGGGACGGGAUGUGACCAAUAUCUCCGCCAUUUACGACGAUCCAUGGAUGAAAGUAUUAGGGAGCUAUGCUUUUGGGGAAUACGGCCCCCGUGUCCGUCAAGAAGCGUCAAGAUGUGUUGCAAAUGCGCUGCUUUUGCUUCCAUCCACUCGCAAAUCCUCUCUUAACCUGGGGUUCGAUAAAAUGGCAGCCGAUGCACUUCAAAAGGCAAACGAUGAUGAAGAAUUCCUGCUGGCGCGUAUCCUGUUCCUUUUGACGUACGAUCCCAGCAUCGACCUAAAGGCACUGAUUGUUGACCAUGAUCUGGCGGGGAGCAUCAUCAAAAACCUUUCUCGACAUGCAGAUGAACUCAAAUCAACAUCCAAAGCCCGGGUCAAUCAGACUGCCACCGCGGCGCUUGGAGAAACCCUCAAGCUGCUCUUCAACGUCACCAAUUGCCAGACAGAUCAGACCAACAAGUUCAAUCCAGCGGUUGUUGAGCUGUUGCAAAUUCUCGAUCAUUCCGAUAUCCCAACGCCCCCACUGCAGCCGCCGAUUAGUCUUCUCAUCAAUGCCCUGGCAAAUCUUGAACUUGGAAGCAACGAGGCUGGGGUGGGAAAAGAACUUGACUCGGGAGCGGAGAAUCUAAUCACAAUUCUAGAGCUGGCACUAGAAAAACAUUCCAUCACAGAGCUGGACACCAUCGCAAUAUCAUUGUUGACCGUUUUGAGAAAUAUCAAUGAGGUUGCAAAUCCCGAAGUGAGGGAUGUGAUGAAAGCACGACUCCUCCCAGAUGAUAAGGAGAGAGAUCAGCCUCUGGGGAAAUCGUCGUCAUUGGCGUCAAAAUUACUCCGCUUGACGACUUCCUCGGGACUGUUGAACUUGUCGGAAGCAAUUUCCGGACUCAUGUUCGAACUAUCCGACAAAGAUGCCAACGAAUAUGUCAAGAAUGUUGGAUAUGGUUAUGCUGCGGGAUAUUUGAUGUCUCACAAGAUCCCAGUUCCAGACAGUGCAAAGAAGUCUCAGACAGCAGGUGAAUCCUCCAAUAAUGUGCCUAUCAACCCCAUCACCGGCCAGAGACUGGACAAGGAACCCGUCAACGAUCUACCGGAAAUGACUCGGGAGGAGAAGGAGCGAGAAGCUGAACGACUGUUUGUGCUGUUUGAAAGGCUGAAGGCAACAGGGGUAGUGGACGUGAAGAACCCAGUGGAACAGGCGAGGGAUGAAGGGCGAUUCGAGGAGCUGAGUGAUUCGGAUUGA